GGGCGGGGUCGGGCCGGUCCGCCUGCGCGCAGGUGAGUGAGCCGAGGCGGAGCGCAGCUGCGCCGGGCUUGGGCGCCUGCGGCCGCCGCUCCUAACCACCAGUCACAGUCGCUUUCCCCACCGAGACCGAGGCGUCCCGAAGCGAUGGCCGGCCUGAACUGCGGGGUCACGAUCGCACUGCUAGGGGUCCUGCUGCUGGGGGCGGCGCGCCUGCCGCGCGGGGCAGAAGCUUUCGAGAUUGCCCUGCCACGAGAAAGCAACGUAACAGUUCUUAUAAAGCCAGGGACCCCGACUCCACUGGCAAAAUCCUGUAACAUCAUCAUUUCUAAAAAACCUACAACCAUGUUGCACAUCAAGUCUGGAGAAAGGAUCAUCUUUACCUUUAGCUGCCAGAAUCCAGAGAAUCACUUUGUCAUAGAGAUCCAGAAAAAUAUUGACUGUAUGUCGGGACUGUGUCCUUUCGGGGAGGUUCAGCUUCAGCCCUCAACAUCAUCGUUGCCUGCCCUCAACAGAACUUUCAUCUGGGACGUCAAAGCUCAUAAGAGCAUUGGUUUAGAGCUGCAGUUUUCCAUCCCUCGCCUGAGGCAGAUCGGGCCAGGUGAGAGCUGCCCAGACGGAGUCACUCACUCCAUCAGUGGCCGAAUCGAUGCCACCGUGGUCAGGAUCGGAACCUUCUGUAGCAACGGCACUGUGUCCCGGAUCAAGAUGCAAGAAGGAGUGAAAAUGGCCUUACACCUACCAUGGUUCCACCCCAGAAAUGUCUCCGGCUUCAGCAUUGCAAACCGCUCAUCUAUAAAACGUCUGUGCAUCAUCGAGUCUGUGUUUGAGGGUGAAGGCUCAGCAACCCUGAUGUCUGCCAACUACCCACAAGGCUUCCCUGAGGAUGAGCUCAUGACGUGGCAGUUCGUCAUUCCUGCGCACCUGCGGGCCAGCGUCUCCUUCCUCAACUUCAACCUCUCCAACUGCGAGAGGAAGGAGCAGCGGGUUGAGUACUACAUCCCGGGCUCCACCACCAACCCCGAGGUGUUCAAGCUGGAGGACAAGCAGCCUGGGAACAUGGCUGGGAACUUCAACCUCUCCCUGCAAGGCUGUGACCAAGAUGCCCAAAGUCCAGGGAUCCUCCGGCUGCAGUUUCAAGUUUUGGUCCAACAUCCACAAAAUGAAAGCAAUAAAAUCUACGUGGUUGACUUGAGUAACGAGCGAGCUAUGUCACUCACCAUUGAGCCACGGCCUGUCAAACAGAGCCGCAAGUUCGUCCCUGGCUGUUUCGUGUGUCUGGAAUCUCGGACCUGCAGUACCAACCUCACCCUGACAUCUGGCUCCAAACACAAGAUCUCCUUCCUUUGUGAUGAUCUCACACGUCUGUGGAUGAAUGUGGAAAAAACCAUAAGCUGCACAGACCACCGAUAUUGCCAGAGGAAGUCCUACCCGCUCCAGGUGCCCGGUGACAUCCUCCAGCUGCCCGUGGACCUGCACGACUUCUCCUGGAAGCUGCUGGUGCCCAAGGACAAGCUCAGCCUGGUGCUGAUGCCAGCCCAGAAGCUGCAGCAGCAUACUCAUGAGAAGCCCUGCAACACCAGCUUCAGCUACCUCGUGGCCAGUGCCAUACCCGGCCAGGACCUGUAUUUCGGCUCCUUCUGCCCGGGAGGCUCUAUCGAACAGAUCCAAGUGAAGCAGAACGUCUCGGUGACCCUUCGCACCUUUGCCCCCAGCUUCCGGCAAGAGGCCUCCAGGCAGGGCCUGGUGGUGUCCUUUAUACCUUAUUUCAAAGAGGAAGGCGUUUUCACAGUGACCCCCGACACAAAAAGCAAGGUCUACCUGAGGACCCCCAACUGGGACCGGGGACUGCCAUCCCUCACCUCGGUGUCCUGGAACAUCAGCGUGCCCAGAGACCAGGUAGCCUGCCUGACUUUCUUCAAGGAGCGGACCGGUGUGGUCUGCCAGACAGGGCGCGCCUUCAUGAUCAUCCAGGAGCAACGUACCCGGGCCGAGGAGAUCUUCAGCCUGGACGAGGAUGUGCUUCCCAAGCCAAGGUUCCACCAUCACAGCUUCUGGGUCAACAUCUCUAACUGCAGCCCCGCGAGUGGCAAGCAGCUAGACCUGCUCUUCUGGGUGACUCUUACCCCAAAGACUGUGGACUUGACUGUCAUCCUCAUAGCCGUGGUGGGAGGUGGAGCCUUACUGCUGUUUGCCCUCGGACUCAUCAUUUGCUGUGUGAAAAAGAAGAAAAAGAAGAUGAACAAGGGCCCUGCCGUGGGUGUCUACAAUGGCAACAUCAAUACCGAGAUGCCAAGGCAGCCAAAAAAGUUUCCAAAAGGACGAAAGGACAAUGACUCCCACGUGUAUGCGGUCAUCGAAGACACCAUGGUGUACGGGCAUCUACUGCAGGAUUCUGGCGGGUCCUUCCUCCAGCCAGAGGUGGACACCUACCGGCCGUUCCAGGGCGCCGUGGGGGUCCGCCCUCCCUCUCCGCCCACCAUAUGCUCCAGGGCUCCAACUGCAAAGUUGACCACUGAGGAGCUGCCUCCUUGCUCCCCUCCUGAGUCCGAGAGUGAACCAUACACCUUCUCCCACCCCAACAAUGGGGAUGUAAGUAGCAAGGACACAGACAUUCCUUUGCUGAACACUCAGGAGCCUGUAGGGCCAGCAGAAUAACUUCAUACAUUCUGGAGACUUUGCUGAGUUUCAUAAAGCAGUGCACCGAGACACUCGUCGGUGUCUCUAACCAGAAAUCCUGCAGAAGAGGAAUUACAGAAGGAACAGCAGGGGUUUUCCUGGACACCACCAACUUCACAUUGCUCAAACUUCACAUUGCUCAGUGGACUCAGUCUAAGGGCGAGACAUUGAAAAUGAUGCAUUCUGAUAUGGAUACAGUCAUGACAGCUCAUGUCCUUCUCAGCUCAGCCUGUGUGGCUAGCCAGCCUGUAAUGAGAGGAGAGAGGCCUGAGUCACCUAGGACAGGGUCACAGCAAGCCCUGGAUUCAGAGUGUUAAACAGAGGCUUGCCCUCUUCAAGACAACAGUUCCAAUUCCGAGGAGCCUACCUGAGGCCCCUACUCUCACUGGGGUCCCCGGGAUGAAAACGACAAUGUGCCUUUUUAUUAUUAUUUAUUUGGUGGUCCUGUGCAUUUAAGAGAUCAAAUGUAUAACCACCUAGCUCUUUUCACCUGACUUAGUAACAGCUCAUGCUAACUGGUUUGGAUGCCUGGAAUGUGACUUCUGCCAACCACUAGAUAAACGCGUGCCUGUUCCCGGGAGGUGGGAAUAAUUUACAACCUCUCCAGCCAGAAAA